UUGGGCUCACUCUGUUUAGUGGCGCACGUGCAGCCUGUGUUCUCUAGACAGUCGAUAAGCGAUACUACUCUACAGUCCAUGUUCAGGUGCUACCAGGGUUAAGUAGAAUUUUUAGGUCGACCUGUUUCUUUUUAGUUGUUUAAAACCUAUUCCUCUUUACAACUACUCGUAAUUUUGAAUAGAAGAACUGUAAAUUUUAACGCAUAAAAAGUCUAAGAUUUUCAAAAAUGACGAAUUACUUGAUGGAGGGACGACUUGUAACAAGUGUGAUCUUAAUUUAAGUACCUGUUUUUGACCCUUUUGUAUUCUUAAGAAUGCUUAAGGCUCAGAGCUAGAAUUAGUAGAAUUUUACGCAGUAUUCUCUGGCCUGUAAAUAUAAUAUUAGUAAAGUCCUUAUAUGCGAGAGGUCUGCCCGUGAAGUCAAGAGUCAUGGCCGUGCUUUCGCUACUUCUUGCUGUUCAAGGGGUUCUUAUUUUGCUACAGUUUCAAGUGUCUCUUGGAAGCUGGGAGGAAUGGUGGACAUACGACGGAAUAUCUGGACCCAAUUAUUGGGGUCUUUUGAAUCCAGAGUGGAGUCUGUGUAACAUGGGUCAUCGCCAGUCUCCCGUGGAUAUUGAUCCUUCAAAACUUCUGUUUGAUCCCCACUUAAGACCACUGCACGUGGAAAAGGAACGGAUCAACGGAAUAAUCACCAACACCGGACACGGAAUAGUUUUCAAAGCUAAUUCUUCAACUAAAGCAUCAGCCGUCCACAUAAACAGCGGGCCUUUGUCUUACGACUAUCGAGUGGCUGAAGUACAUCUCCAUUUCGGGAGCACUGAGAAGUUUGGAUCUGAACAUACCGUUGCUGGUCAAACAUUUCCUGCAGAGGUUCAGAUUUUAGGAUACAACGCAGACCUUUACAAAAACAUCUCCGAAGCAGUUACAAAAUCUCAAGGUAUUGUUGGAAUCGCCCUUCUUAUCCAGAUGGGUGUAGAAACCAAUUUGGAGUUUCGACUACUGACAAGUCAACUGAAUAAAGUCCUCUACAAGGGACAACAGGCUGUUUUAAAUUCUUUCUCAGUCCGGGAACUUCUUCCUGACACCCAUUUCUAUACUACAUAUGAGGGUUCAUUAACAAUGCCCGGUUGUCACGAGACUGUUACGUGGCUUGUGAUGAACAAACCAAUUUAUAUAACCAAACAACAGCUCUACGCGCUUAAACAGUCAAUGCAGGGAGAACGAGACAACCCCAAAGCGCCACUAGUCAACAAUUUUAGGCCUACACAAGCCACGCACCAUCGUUUGCUCAGAACAAAUAUUGAUUUCAAUCGUCACAAGAACCAGCAGUGUCCUACUAUGUACAAGAAUAUGUUCUACAAGGCAAACACUGGAAAUCCAGGACUACAAUGAAAUAUGUGUAAAUAAUAACAAUUUGGUGUAAUAUGGCUUGAGAACUUACAUUUGUGAUUUAAAAAAAAAAUGGAUGUCGUUGAUUUUUAUAAACGGAGAUAGACUUUAUGAACUAUUAUAAUGACCUCCGUCCUGUCCAGUUGUUUCUGUACAGUGAGACAAAAGAGAGGAAGAAGUAAACAGACUUCAAGCCCAAAAAACAAACGUAUCAGUUAUGGCGUCUGGCAAGAUGGUUAAGACAUUAUUUCUGGAAAAAAAAGAGGAAUUGACUCUCUUGCCUGAUUCGUUUCAGAUUCAACACAAGCUUCGCCUUGUUUCAGUGUAUACGCCAAAACUUACAAUUCUCAUUGUGAAAUGAAAUGUUAUUUUUGUGGACUUCGUUUUCUUUACAGCACUGUUUCAUGCGGCCCUUUUCAUCAAACAACAAAAAUUAAGAUCGUUGUGAGUGUGACAGUCUUCUUGCCACUUCCAAUGUUGUUCAUUGUUUCAACAAGAUGGUGUUAAGUAUUAAUGAAAUAAAGCAGUUAAAUGGUACAUCACCUCAGGUAAACGAAGUCGAACAUUUUUUAUUAGUCAAGCGUAUUACUAAUUUAUUCAAGACCAUUUAAACAAGACGUUUUACACAUCGGAUAGUAACGAGCAAUAACCUGUCGUGUAUAACACAUACAGUUCUUGUUUGGAGUGAAUUCGUAACCGUAUGAGACCGUUCAAUUUAUACUUUGGUGUAUCAAUACUCCCUUGAUCAUAUGCCCAUUUUUAUAAAGUGAUUCACGAGGGUGUCUAAGAAUCUGAAAACCUUCGACGUUGCAUGUGUUACAAAAUUCUUUACUUAUCUGUAAUCUUAUGCAAAUUUAGAUAAUUAACCAAAGAUAUAAUUCUACAUUUCAAAAUUUCUUCUAAGUAUCUCAAUAUAUGAUAUACCCCCCACAUCGCUCCCGAGCUUGUAUAAAAAUUAUUUCAUUGACAAAUAAAUUUCAACUACAUCGUAAAUUCAACCGAAACAGGGCUUUUGUGUUUCACGUGAAUCAUUCAAGUCCAGACUGAGUAUACUUCAAGGAAUUGUUGCCCUUCGUCUUCAGCCUGAGUGUAGUAAGACAAGUAAACAGCGAUCUGAUCUUAAGCCGUGACUUGGAGAUCUCUGAGGAGGUGAAGGAGUUGACAGUUAACUCCAGUGAUCUUGUUUUAUUGUGUUUUUUCUCAAUGUCCUUUUUUAGCAUAUUGUGAAGCUUUUCAAAUACAGAUCUAAACAGAUUAUCUCCACGAACGAAAGAGAAAUUCAGAAAAGCAACAAAACGCAAAAAUAUAUUGAAUGUUUGAGGUAAAAGUAAACUGUCAGAAAGUCGAAACUGUUUAAUUCAUUUUAUGGAUUUCGAAAUAUUUUAUAAUCGUAAAUACUUUGACUAUUGUUAAAUCCAGAGUUCACAUACAUUGCACGUUGGAAACAAUUGCAUAAACAUAUCUUAGGUGGCGCUUUAUUUAAAAGAUAAAAGUAAAAUUAUGUAAAUACAAACAGUGAUUUGUGAAUAUUAACCUGUGAAUAAUAAUAUGUGAUAAGCGUUAAUUUUGUGUGGAAAUUUGAUUAUUACGUUAGCGUCAAUACGUGUGCUCACGGACGGAAAAGUAAGCAUUCUGAACAUUUGAAAUCCUUUUCUAGCACAACGUAGCACGGAUAUCAAAUAAGAAAUCUAUCACAGCCGAGCUCAUUGAAGAUGCACGAAAUACAAUAGCUAAUUGUCUUCCUUUGAAUUAUUUAAUGUACGUCUAAUAUUAAUAGUGCAUUUCUGACAUAUUGUUCUUAUCCUAAUCCUUUAAGAAGUUAAGAAGAUUAAAAACAGAUAAGUUGCUUUUAAAAAAUUAUGUAGAAACAACAUUUUCGCAUAAGCAAUAGAAGUUUUAGUUCCAUUAUCAAGGUGUCAUAUCAGACAGCUUAUCCACCAAGUCAUGAAGUGCAAAUAAAGGUAAUCUUUGUGUAAAUCCUCGGAUAUAUAUGUAAUGUCUCUUAGAAAAUAUUGUUUUGGUUUUCAUUUAACGAUUAUUUCAGUAAUUGUAUAUAAUCAUUGAUAAAUGAUACAAAAAAUUUGUUGUUGUAUCUUUAUUAUGUUUUAAAUAUUUGGUAUAACCGUAAUAAUUCGUUUAAAUAAUCUAAUUUUGUGCUACUGUUGAAGGUGCUUAACACCUUUAAUGUUCUAUAUACAUGAUCCUGUAUUUUUAUUUCUUUAUGUUCUUGAAAAUACAUUAUGUGCGUAAAACGAACACUCUAGCUUUACUCUUUUUUAUCUUUUGAUCUUCAAACUUAACCUAUUGAACAAAUAAAACUAGCGAAAUAAAUUUUACGA